UUUCCAAAUGUCCUGCGUGCUCUGAAGAAUACGUUUGCCUUCAAAUAUAUCAUCUACUUACGCACCCACGUCUUACUGAAGUCUUUAGGAGCGUUUAGUGGCAUUCAUUCUUGAACGGCUCAACUUUGUAYAUCUGUACAGUGAACAUUUAUGAUGUCAGAAGAAAACAAUAAYAACCACGUUGAUUGGUCGAGCUUAACCGGUGACGUCAUUGUAUGCUGCGGGGGUUACGAAGGACGCUAUCAAAUCGACAAUGUUGAAGCUUACAGUGUAAAUGASAGAGUAUGGGUUGAACUACCAAGCAUGCCACUUCCACGUGACAGUAUGGCCGCUGGGACUGAUGGGAAGGUUAUUGUUCUUGCUGGCGGCUCCGAUCGCAAGAAUGUCUUUGAUGAUGUCAUGAUAUUCGACUGGCAGUCUAAGAAAUGGAGCAUGAGCACCGCAAUGCCUAMUGGGCGUGGCUACGGAGCAUCUGCCAUGGACAGCGGUCGUCUUUUGGUUGCUGGGGGGUCCACUAAUGUAGAAAUUGAUACGUGUGUGGCUUUUGAUUUGAAGACAGAGAAAUGGCAAAGUCUGCCUAGUUUGCCGGGUGGUCCUAGAGCGAGGAGCGGUGGUGCAUUGAUGAAUAAUCACUUUUUUGUGGUUGGUGGUGAUGUAAUGCGUCGGCCCACKAACAAAGUAGAAGCGUUCAACAUCAACGACAACAAAUGGGUAACCUUUCCUUCAAUGAAAUCGAGGCGGCGACGCUGCGCUUUGGUUGCUAAUGGCGACCAGCUUAUAGUUUCUGGAGGAYUGACGUCCGACGAUAUCACCUUGGAUACUAUGGAAAUGUUUGACAUGCGUAAUAGGAAGUGGAUGGAAUUACCCGCCAUGCCUUGGGCACGGUUUGGAUUCAGCGCAUGCGUAGUGGAUAACARGAUGUACAUAAUGGGAGGUAAUGAGCGUAUGAAGAUGAAAGCACCCGCUGACCGAUGUGAUUCGUUUGAUUUAAAAAGUCGAGAUUGGGAAAGAGUACCAGCAAUGAUAAGCCGCAGACUUCAUGGCAGUGGUGUUAAGAUGACUGUCURAUACAUCAUUGUCUUGCCUGUGUGAGAAUAAAGUCACUGGUUUUCCUGAAUUAUUCAGAAGACAAUGAAAACAACUAGUAUUUUAAAUCUUUGAAAUUUAAAUUGUAAUUUUUGUUGAAAUUCUUCGCAUCUUACUCUAGUACCCAGACCUAACGCAGCUUUCCAUCGCCCUCCUUAUCUGCAUUUCGAUCUAUUGAGAAAUCACGUGACUUCAUUCUUAAGACAGGCCAGGACACAGUUGUUCCGUGCCAGUGCUCGCUUAAUUGCACUAAAAAUGAGAGAGCAUCGGCUCGAGGUUUAGGUUCAUUUUCAAAUUAAGYACUAAUAAAUUGGAAUUUGCAAUUCUGCACUGAUUGUAUGUUGAAGAAAUGUGUGCAGAUAUUGUUGGGCAUCCUGUCGGUUAUACAGGAAUGACGGCUGCAAUUGAGACUGCAACAGACUUSUUGUUCGUUUGUAGAUAUGUAUUUUGUCAAAACCAAUUGAUUUUUUAUUUGUCACUAUCAUACAGGUGUUUAUGUUGCUUAAAUAAACUAAUACAACAAA